UAUUUUCUUUUUUAAACACGUGUUUACGUGAUGCUCUCUUUCAGAGAGUUUAUAACAAAUAUAUAUGGAAAAAAAUAAUACAAAAUGAGUUUGUACAAUUUCAAGAAGAUCGCCGUUGUGCCUACGGCUAAGGAUUUUGUCGACAUAAUAUUGUCGAAGACACAAAGGAAAACACCUACAGUGAUACAUAAACAUUAUAAGAUAUCUCGGAUACGCGCGUUUUAUAUAAGAAAAGUGAAAUUCACUCAACAGAAUUUUCACGAUAGGUUAUCCCGCAUUAUUCAGGAAUUCCCAAAACUAGACGAUGUUCAUCCGUUUUACGCUGACCUCAUGAAUGUCCUGUACGACAAGGACCAUUACAAACUAGGGCUCGGACAACUCAACACGGCCAGACAUCUUAUUGAUACUGUGGCGAAGGACUAUGUGCGUUUAUUGAAGUAUGGUGACUCAUUGUACCGAUGUAAACAGCUGAAGAGGGCGGCGCUGGGUCGGAUGGCCACCAUCAUGAAGAGACAGGCCGCAAAUCUAACAUAUUUGGAACAGGUCCGCCAACACUUGGCUCGUCUGCCAUCCAUCGACCCGUACACACGGACCAUCAUCAUCUGCGGCUUCCCCAACGUCGGCAAGUCCAGUUUCAUCAACAAGAUAACCCGCGCGGAUGUAGAAGUCCAGCCGUAUGCGUUCACAACGAAGAGUUUGUACGUUGGGCACACAGACUACAAAUAUUUAAGAUGGCAGGUGAUCGAUACGCCUGGUAUCCUGGACCACCCGCUGGAGGAGAGGAAUGUCAUCGAGAUGCAGGCGGUGACUGCCCUCGCUCACCUGCGAGCAGCAGUGCUGUACGUGCUGGACCCCUCCGAGCAGUGCGGACACUCACUACCAGAUCAGAUAUCCCUACUGGAGAGUAUAAAACCACUGUUCAUCAACAAGCCCCUCAUUGUGGUCCUGAAUAAAAUGGAUGUGGUACGUCCCGAGGACCUGACUCCAGAGAAGCGAGCGCUCAUUGAGGAGUUGGAGCAGGCCUGCACCGGGGGGAGCAUGGUGGCGGGUACGAAUAGCGAGUUGUCCAAAGUCCCCGUGAUGAGAAUGUCCACUAUGACGGAGGAAGGUGUGCAGGAAGUGAAGAUAGAGGCCUGCGAGAGGUUACUGGGGCACAGGGUCACUGAGAAAAUGAGGACCAAGAAGGUGGAUGGUAUAUUAAACCGUUUACACGUGGCUGUGCCAACACCUCGCGACGGCAAGUCCCGUCCCCCCGUUAUACCACCAUCCGUGGUGCUCAAGAAGCAGCAGAUGGCAGAGAAGGAGGCCAGGAAACGGAAACUGGAACGGGAGAUUGAGAUCGAACUGGGAGAUGAUUACGUCCUAGACCUUAAGAAGAAUUACAGCGACAUACCAGAAGAGGAGCGGUACGACCCUAUACCGGAGUUCUGGGAGGGGCACAACAUUGCCGACUAUAUAGAUCCGGAUAUAUUCGAGAAACUAGCGGAGUUGGAGAAAGAAGAAGAGUUGCGAGAAGCAGGUGGCAUGUACGCAGUGCCCAAACUGGAGCUGGACCAGACCAUGCUCGAGAUACGAGACCUCGCCCGUCAAAUACGCAACAAGAAGGCAAUACUGAAGGACGAGUCGCGUCUCACGAAGCAGUCCACGAAGCCAGUCAUGCCGCGGACUUCCAGAGCACGCGCUCGAGGAAGAUCAGCGUCCAUGCUGCGAGGGGAGAUGGAGAAACUGGGUGUGGACAUGACGGAUACGAAGGAGGCUCACUUCACCCGCACGCGGUCAAAGUCGCGCGGCCGCUCCCAGUCCGGCCCGUCCGGCCCGGACGGCUCGUCCGGUCCGGUCGCCAAGCGAGCGCGCGCGGACUCCCACGGCCGCUCCGUCAGCCGGCCCGCACGGGACCAACAAGGCGUCAAAGAUGUUGUUAUGCAGAAGAAAGCGAAGAAACUGGCUCACGUGGCGAUCGCCAAGAAAACAAAGAAAAUGGGUCUCAAAGGCGAAGCGGACAGGUUUAUCGGAACGAAAAUGCCCAAACAUUUGUUCUCUGGAAAGCGGGGCGUCGGCAAGACAGAAAGGCGAUAGUUAUAUAUAUACAGUGUUGUUAUGUUUAUAUUCACGCAAUAUCGCAUAUGGGGUGUACAGAGAGUGCCUAUUGCAGUGUUUCCUAACAUUUUCAAUGCCAUCCUUUUAAGCUUUUUAAAAUUCUUUCAUUCAUUCUUUUAAAAGUUUUAAUUGUUCGAUAGAAACUUAAUAAGUUUUAGUAUAAUCACUAGGAUUUUGUUAAUGAAAUUGUAAGUAAAAAAUGAUGAAUAGAUCUAUGUAGGUCGCAGCGCUACAGGUCCAAGCAGUUCCUUUUUUUUAUUGGGUUGUUUGGGCUGUCAUCAGCCCAAACACCCCAAUAAAAAAAAGGAAAUUUUCAAAAUUUGAUGAUAAAUUGAAAUUCAUAUUUCAUUACAUACAAGUCCAUUUCCCCACCAUCAUUGUCCACCCCCCUCUUUUACAAUCAGAUUGCCCCCCCUGUGGGACGUGGGCUCCCGUACGUUCUCGUUGGGAAACACUGGUCUAGUGCAAAUACAUAUAUGUUACAUCCAAACUAUACAGAUUGGUCCGAUUUUCAUUUUUCUUUAUAUAUAUAUACUUUAGUGUAUCAGUAAAAAAGUGCCUAAUCACAUUUGAAAGAAAGACUUGUUGUGUCCAAAACAAACUGCUAUAUAGUGUGAUCCGAUUUUCAUGAUUCUUUAUAUACACUUUUCUAUAUCUGUAAAAAUUGCCCAAACCACAUUUACAAGGCGUAUAAACUGUGUAUUUACCUUGUGUAAUUAAAACAUUUAUGUAUUUUAAA